AUGAACUCGGUCCGCGCCGCAACCAGCGCCUCGCGCACCGCUCUCACCGCUACCGCCCGCACAGCAGCUCCCCGCCGGGCUUUCUCACAGUCACAAACAAAGCGAUCGGGUCACGGACCUAGCUACGAUCCCCCAUCCGGAUGGCUCUUCGGUGUCAAGCCUGGUGAGCAGUAUGAGAAGGAGGGGUGGGAGAACGCUAUGUACUGGGGAUUCGGAGGAGCUUGUGCCUUUGGCGUCGUUGCUUACGCUUUCAAGCCGGACACUAGCAUUCAAACCUGGGCCCUAGAGGAGGCGCGACGAAGGCUCGAAGCCGAGGGUAUCCUCGCAGACCCAGAUACCGUCAAGAAGGAGUAG